CCGCUCUGCGCAGGCGCCAGUCUCGAGCUGCCUGCGGAGCUGCCUGAGCCCGCGUGGGAAACCCGGGCGCUUGGCGCGGAGACGCCUUUGGGGCUGCUCCCUGGAGCCUCUUUCUCCAUCAGGAGUCCGCGGCUUUCCCUUUCACGCGAUCUUCCGGGAGCACGGGUCGCGGCGUGUCAGGCAUAUUUCCUGACAGUCCCGGCAGGCCCCUGAAAGGACCGGGCGCGGACACGUGGGGCCUCGCGUUUCGGCCGGAAGUCCCGGAACAGCCGGGCCGUGGCUGGCAGGUGUCUGCGCGCAGCGUGCGGGGCCGCGUGGGCCAUGGGGCGGCGGGCGCGGGGCCGGCGGCUCCAGCAGCAGCAGCAGCGGCCCGCGGGCUCGGAGGAUGGCGCCGAGGGCGGCGGGAAGCGUGUCGAGGCGGGCUGGGAAGGCGGGUACCCCGAGAUCAUCAAGGAGAACAAGCUGUUCGAGCACUACUACCAGGAGCUCAAGAUCGUCCCUGAGGGCGAGUGGGAGCAGUUUAUGGAGGCGCUCCGGGAGCCUCUCCCGGCCACUUUAAGAAUUACUGGCUUCAAAAGCCAUGCAAAAGAGAUUCUCCAUUGCUUAAGGAACAAGUAUUUCAAGGAAUUGGAGAACCUGGAAGUGGAUGGUCAGAAAGUUGAAGUUCCACAGCCACUGAGUUGGUAUCCUGAAGAACUUGCCUGGCACACAAAUUUAAGUCGAAAAAUCUUAAGAAAAUCUCCACAGUUGGAAAAGUUUCAUCAGUUUCUAGUCAGCGAAACUGAAUCUGGAAAUAUCAGUCGUCAGGAGGCUGUUAGCAUGAUCCCCCCGCUGCUGCUCAGCGUCCAGCCACAUCACAAGAUUUUAGAUAUGUGUGCAGCACCUGGCUCCAAGACCACACAGUUAAUUGAAAUGCUCCAUGCUGACAUGAAUGUCUCCUUUCCAGAGGGCUUUGUGAUCGCUAAUGAUGUGGAUAACAAGCGCUGCUAUCUGCUGGUUCAUCAGGCCAAGAGGCUGAGCAGUCCCUGCAUCAUGGUGGUGAACCACGACGCAUCCAGCAUACCCAGACUCCAGAUUGACGUGGGCGGAAGGAAAGAGGUUCUCUUCUAUGAUCGAAUUCUGUGUGAUGUCCCUUGCAGUGGAGAUGGCACGAUGAGAAAAAACAUUGAUGUCUGGAAAAAGUGGAGCACCUUAAAUAGCUUACAGCUACAUGGUUUACAGCUGCGGAUUGCAACACGGGGUGCGGAGCAGCUGGCAGAAGGUGGGAGGAUGGUGUACUCCACGUGUUCACUAAACCCCAUUGAGGACGAAGCGGUCAUAGCGUCUUUACUGGAAAAAAGUGAAGGUGCUUUGGAACUUGCUGAUGUGUCUUCUGAGUUGCCGGGACUGAAAUGGAUGCCUGGAAUCUUGCAGUGGAAGGUGAUGGCGAAAGAUGGACAGUGGUUUACAGAUUGGGAUGCGGUUCCUCACAGCAGGCAUACCCAAAUUCGGCCCACCAUGUUCCCUCCAAAGGACCCAGAAAAGCUACAGGCCAUGCAUCUGGAGCGCUGUCUUAGGAUAUUACCGCAUCAUCAAAACACUGGAGGGUUCUUUGUGGCAGUAUUGGUGAAAAAGUCUUCAAUGCCAUGGAAUAAACGCCAACCAAAGCUGCAGGGUAGAUCUGCAGAGACCAGAGAAAGUGCACAAUUGAGCCCUGCAGAUCCCACAGAAGGGCAGCCUGCAGACCCCUCCAGGCUGGAAAGUCCAUCGGUCACAGAAACUGGCGACACAGAAAUAAUUCGCACAGCUGAGAAUUUAGAGAAUAACGGCAAUAAGAAAGAUGGUGUGUGUGGUCCUCCUCCAUCAAAGAAGAUGAAGCUAUUUGGAUUUAAAGAAGAUCCAUUUGUAUUUAUUCCUGACGAUGACCCACUGUUUCCACCUAUUGAAAAAUUCUAUGCCUUGGAUCCUUCAUUCCCAAAGAUGAAUUUGCUGACUCGGACCACGGAAGGGAAGAAGAGGCAGCUCUACAUGGUGUCCAAGGAGCUGAGGAACGUGCUGCUAAACAACAGCGAGCGGAUGAAGGUUAUUAACACGGGGAUAAAAGUCUGGUGUCGCAAUAACAGUGGCGAAGAGUUUGAUUGUGCUUUCCGGUUGGCGCAGGAGGGAAUAUACACCUUGUAUCCAUUCAUUAACUCAAGAAUUAUCACUGUGUCGAUGGAAGAUGUUAAAAUACUGUUGACCCAGGAGAACCCCUUUUUUAGAAAACUCAGCAGCGAGACCUACAGUCAGGCAAAGGACCUGGCAAAGGGGAGCAUCGUGCUGAAGUAUGAGCCGGAUUCUGCGAAUCUGGAUGCCCUUCAGUGUCCCAUUGUGAUGUGCGGAUGGCGGGGCAAGGCCUCCAUUCGGACUUUUGUGCCCAAGAACGAGCGGCUUCAUUAUCUCAGGAUGAUGGGGGUGGAGGUGUCUGGAGAAAAGAAGAAGGAAGGGGCCAUUCCAGCUAGUGAGGUCACAGACAGCACCACGGAUGGCACCGGGCAGCCAGACAACCAAGAGAGUGAUGAGCAGGGGGCAGGAGAGGCCACCAGCGUGGACGCAGCAGGCUGUGACCCGGUGGGCGACCCGCCCCGGUGAGCAGACCCAGGGACACAGCUCCUGUGUGCAGGCGAGCUGGCCCCCAGCCUCGGCGCUGCUGUCUGUAGCCAAAUCCGUAAGAAUACGUAAGUCUGUGUGUGUCCUACAGACUACAGGCCAGCAGAUGGCCGCCAUCAAAUGAUCAGAGCUGCUUUCGUGCAGAGUUGACAGAAAUAGCAUCCUAGAAGUUGCUCAUCUUCCUUUUUUCUUGGGCUGCGCUGGGUCCUGUGUGUCCGUUGCUGGCAAUAGACUCUUGCUGUUCACGUCGUACUUCCAUCAAGAAAUCACACUGCCCUUGCGAUGGUUCAGGUCCGUUUUGUUAAGCCUCUGUUGGUCUUAUAAAGGUCCAUUAUUUUUUUAAUUAUUAUUUAUGGAAAGAAUCUAUAACUCUAAGUCUUGGGGAACCGUAUUACAAGCUUUAAUGAUUGUGCUGAGUUGCACGCGAGCCGUGUGACAUCCAGAUGCAGUGGGUAACAUCUGAGGCCUCAGGUGACGUCUGUGCCUUUUGUGAUAAAGGAGAAAAUGAACUUUCUCCGAGCAAGAUCAGUAUCGUGAAUUGUGAUACUAGCUACCGGGAGUUUAUGUGCUUUUAUUGGAUGGAGUGCUUUGCGAGUUUUAUUUUUAAAUGGAGUUUGGGAUCUUUGGGAUAUUUAAAUAAAGUUAUUAAGAACAAACA